CACUUUGAUGACGACAUAUUGCUUUUCGGACAGUGUGGUUCAGCAAGACAUCCCAAACAAUUGGUUUAUUUACACCAAGCAAACUCCGUAGAAGCGGAAAAAACACGUGAUUGACAGCAUAGGCAUUUUCCCCAUGGAUCCAACGAAGCACAACUUCUAAAGCUACGCUAAGUGGGUGGUAACAUGGCAACCGGAGGCGCUCCUUUGGAUGACAGCGCGGACGAGCUGCACAACUGGAGCGUCACCAACGCUAGCUUGGAGGACCGACUCAACAACAUGGACUGGAGUGGGACACAGCAGAAGAAGCCAAACCGCUCAUCAGAGAAAAAUAAAAGAAAGCUGUCAGCUUCCUUGGUGGCAGAAAGCCGCCUAACCAACGACAUUUCGCCCAAUUCCACCCUGUGGGGCGUGCGCCGCAAGACCGUGCACGUCAAAUACACCAGCCAACGCUCCGUCCCGGACCAGGCGGAGCUGGACAAGAUCCACCAGAGGAUCAAUUUCUCUGACUUGGAUGAGAGCAUCGGUAGCGACUCCCAGGGCCGCGCGACAGCCGCCAACAACCAGCGGCAGCUAAUGGCGGAGAAUAAGAAACCUUACAACUUGGUCCCGCUGCACGUCAACACCAACAAGAGCAAGGAGCUGCUCCUACCCGCCACCUCUGCUCCUUCCACUCCCGCCGCCGCCGUCGUCAAGGUAACCAGCAAGCAGAGUCCAGCAGCGAGGGAUGACUUCAGCUCCGGGGCUACCCCCAAGGAAACGGCAACGAGGCCACUGCGUGGCAGCGCUGAUAGAUCGGCAGCGACGGCAGCACGCUCGGACGGCGAGGAAGGAGAAGUUGUCAGCAGCUUGCUGGUAAGCAAGCUGAUGCAGAUCCGCGAGUACAUUUGUAAGGCCAGCUCCAUGCGCGACGACCUGGUGGAGAGGAACGAUGUGCCGGCCAACGUGGAGCGCCUCUCUCAUCUCAUCGAGCACCUCAAGGAGCAGGAGAAGUCCUACCUGCGCUUCCUGCAGAAAAUGCUGGCUCGGGAGAACGAGGAGGAGGACGGUAGGACGCAGGAUUCUGCUGUGGGCUCCGGCUCCUUGGGGGAGAGCGCCUCACUCAACGUCGACGUGAGGUCUUCAGAUGCUUCGAACGCACCAGGCGAAUGGGCCGACCCGUCCAUGCGAGACCUGAAGGAAGAACUGGAGAACUUUCGCAAGCAGCACGAGCUGCUGAAGAAGAUGCUGGAGCAGCAGGAUCAGCUCAGGGCCCUGCAAGGCCGCCAGGAGGCUCUGCUGGCCAUGCAGCACAGUGCCGAGCGGGCGCUCACAGUCAUCGAGGAUGCGGCAGUGGUUACAGAAACCACAGGCAGCGUGUCGGGGCUGAGCAUCACAUCGGAGCUCAACGACGAGCUCAACGAUUUGAUCCAGCGCUUCCACAACCAACUGCAAGACUCUCAGAGCAAGUCGGUGCCGGACAACCGACGUCAGGCAGAGAGCCUCUCCCUCUCCAGAGAAGUCAGCUGGUCCCGGGGCCCCCCGGCCUUUGGCCCCCCUGAGCACAGGCCUGUACUCCACUCGGCCUCCGGGCCCCACGGUGGCCUUGACGGCGGGGCGACGGCCGCCAGCGCCAAACUCACCAAGCUCCAGGAGCUCCAAGACAAAAAGGAAACCAUGGACAAGAUCUUACACGAACUGCACUCCCUCAGAGACCAGACGCUCAACAACAACUAUUGUGGAGCGUUGUCAACGCGGCGCAGUUUGAGCACAGGCGGCUCGUCAGAUUGCUCAAAUGCAGUCGCGGCAGCCGCUUCCUUUCAACCCUUGCUCCCGCAACACGCAGACGCUGCCAACUCCACAGACAAACUCAGGAAGCUGAAAGAGGUCCACAAGCGCCUUAACGAGCUUCGGGAAUUAGUGCAGUACUUUCAGCAGACGUCAGACAUGAUGGUGGACGCGGUGAACGAAAAUGUCAAGGAGGACGAGGAAGACGAAGAGGAGACGGAGGACGGCUCCAUGCUGGAGGCCAUGUUUGACUAUGAGCAAGACAAUCGCCAGCCCCCCGCCAACAUCAGGAACUCGCAGCGCAGUGGCAACUGGGGCGACUUGAACAGCGUCGCCAACCGCUGCGCCGUCUCAAGCAGCACCGGCGCAAACAAUCGCGACACGGAGAUCAACAACCGCUCGGCGGGCAACCUUCGCAGCUUUAAUAUCCCCUCAGCCAUUGAGUGCCAGUACAACCGUGACACGGCCUACAAUUGGGUGAAGGAUGAGGACGGUCUCAAUAAUGAAGGCGACGGCGCCGGCGCCCACCCCGAAGGAACCUCUGGCUCCAGGUCAGGCAGCAGCCUGGCCAGCGAGGCGGGCUUCUCCCAGGGGCUUCAUCAGCAGAAAGCCAAGCAGAAGCUACGCCAGCUCCAGGACCUUGUCGCCAUGGUCCAGGUGAGCGACGACACAGACGCCACCACGGCCAAUGAGGAGGAAAGUUUGCACCAACAGCAGAAUAACACGAGAGUGAGUGCGGGGGGCCCACCAGUUGCCGGACCCCAACAGGAUCCCUGUGGAUCAGACGUGGCUUUCUACAGCAAGGCCAGGGAGAAGAUCUACAAAGAGAAGCUCCGUCAACAGAAGCAGGCGCUCAAGCAGCUCCACAAGGAGCGGCAGAUGCUCGGCGAGAUCCAGGACAAGAUCCAGGACCUCCAGUUGACGUGUCCAGACUUGCAGUCAUCACUGUCCAGCCAAGUGAGCGAGCAGAGUUUAGUUUGGAAGAUCCCGGCCGCAGCUUCCACGCCGGCCGUCGCGCAGCCUUCCUCCUCCUCGGCGGCGGCGGCCAGAAGCAGCCCGGCCGUGCUCAAUCCCACCGCUCCCGAAGCUGCUGCCGCUUCAGUCCCCGACAAUGAGCAGCUCUGGUCAGAGAUGCGUCGCCACCAGGUGGCGCGGGAGGACCUGCGGCAGCGGCGCAAGCAACUGGAGUCCCUGAUGGCCGAGCAUCAGAGGCGCCGCGGCCUCGCCGACUCCCCCUGCGGGACCGAGGAGCAGGCGGGUCCCUCCCAGCUCGCCGAAAGCCGCGAUGAAAGAACGAUGGCCACCUGGGGCUCCACUCCCUGCAACCUGGACCAAGACGAGGACGGCGACUUUGGCUCCGAGCACAGCGGCGAGGAAGAGGACAGCUCCGAGAGCUGCUCUGUCGACGACGGCCGUGUCUUCCCUAGCGGCGGCGGCGGCGGCGGCAUGAUCCAACCCAUCUACACCAAGAUGAAGAACCAAGAAUGUAACCCGAAGCCUUCGGCAUCCUUUUCCUGCGGGUCCAAGCAGCAACAGCCAGCGCCGCCACCCAGAGGCUCCGACCAAUCCGCGAGCCAGCCUGCGAGCGCCAGACGUCAGGAGAACCUCUGCUGGGCCUCUGCGCUCUCGGCGACCGAGGGCUCCUCCAAUUGGCAGGAGCAGAUCGGCCAGCUGCAGAGGCAGCUGGACUUCAGCACCAACAUGUGUCAGACGCUGCUGCAGGACCAGCAGAUGCUGUCGUACAUGCUGCAGAGCUUGAUGACGGGCUCGUACGGCGCGUUGCCCAACAACCCCGCGUCGCCGCAGGUCCACCUGCUCCUGCACCAGCUCAACCAGUGCUACACGCAGCUGGCCUGGCAGCAAACCAAUGUGCAAAGACUGAAGCAGGUGCUGAACGAGCUCCUGCAGCAGCCACAUCAAAUACGACAGCAGGCUUCCCCGUCGGCCGCAGGAUUUGGCCCGUUUUCUCUCUUCCCCGCCCCCAUGAGCGACUUCCCUCAAGGUGCGGCAAGGGCCGCCACCCACGCGAGUCCCAACCAGCAGAAGCAGCACGUGGACCCCAACACCUCCAUCAAAACAGAGUACAUGAGUUUCCCUCCUCCGCUCCAGCGCUCGCCUCUUAACGCGACUCCCGACAGACGAGCCACGGGCUGGAGCAACAACAACAACAACCACCCCGUCCCAAACAAUGCCGUGCCAUAUCAGCCGCCUCCAACAGGAGAACGGGCCACUUCCUUCUCUUCUCUCUUUUUCUCCCCGCCGCCACCGCCGCCGCAGCAGUGGCGCCACAGCCCCUGGACCGAGUGCGAGCGGGAGUCGGAGGCGAGUUUCAGCAGCUUGCCCGACGACCGCGCCGAUCCCACCACCGUCACCAAGACCUUUAAAAGCGGACGCAAGGCCUCGGCCCAGGCCAACCUGGCCUCCCGCAGCAAAAGCCGGCGCAGGCGCGGCAAAGGAGCCCACAAGAACAAUGGAGGUCUGGAGAGCGACAGCCUGAGCAGCACAGCCGACUUGGACCAAGAGAGGGCAGCGUCGGCUCGUCGCAAGGACCAGCAUCUGUUGGACAAACUCACGCAGGAGAAACUGAACAGCAAAAAGACGCCGGGCAACAGACCAAACGACAUCUCCUCUGCCUAUGCUUGGAGAACACCCUUCCUCUCUAACAGAAUUGCAUGCACAGAAGCUGCAGACGCCAGCAGCGACCUCUCCUUGUUCGAGGCGCUGAGGGAGACCAUCUACUCUGAGGUGGCCACGCUGAUAUCCCACAACGAGUCGCGGCCUCACUUCCUCAUUGAGCUCUUUCACGAGCUGCAGUUGCUCAACACGGACUACCUGCGGCAGAGGGCGCUCUAUUCCCUGCAGGACUUAGUGAGCAGGCACCUGGCAGAGAAAAGCGCCUCCCAGGAGAUGUCCCCCCUGGGUGCAGCGUCUUGGGCCACCGGCGGCUCUCAGUCUGAACUGACGCCCAGCGAGAGCUCCACCAUCAGCGACGCGGAAGUGGCGGAGAAGACCUCGAGGAAGCGAGACGACAUGGAGUCGGUGGGGAAUGACAGCACCUUGUCUUCGACCAACCUGGAUCCGUUUUCCAAGGACGAUCUGGGCAACACGGUCAUCCACUUGGACAAAGCUUUGGCCAGGAUGCGCCAGUACGAGCGCAUGAAGCAGAAAGCCGACUCGGACCUCUCCAAUGUUGAAGCCUCCGCCGCUGCUGCCGAAGCCACGGACGAAGGUGCCUCUGGUGACGUGCACGCGCCUCAGAUCGACACCACCAAGCUCAAUCGUCAAAUCAAGGACAUCAUGAGCGCGGUCAUUCCCUUCCUUAAGGACAACAUGCACGAGGUGUGGACGCUGCGGCUGGUGACGAUCCUGCGCCGCAAGGUCCUGGAGCUCACGCGGCAGAAGGACGAGAGCAAGGAGUUUGUGCGCUUCUUCCACCGGCAGCUCGGCGGCAUCCUGCAGCAUUCCCUCAGUCGCUUCCUGGGCCAAACCCUGAAGGACUGCGGCGAGGACCUCCUGGUGGAGGUCUCGGACAUCCUCUUCAACGAACUGGCCUUUUUCCGACUCAUGCAGGACUUGGACAGCGGCAUUGCCGCCGUCUCCACGGAAAGCAGGCCACAGACGGAACAAGCUGAGCAAACUGAUUCCCCGAAUCAGGAAAGCACAGCGCUCCAGGUUAACGCGUCAGCCUCUUCCGAUGAAGACAAGGUCUGCGAAUCGGAUAAAGAUGACAGCGAGCAAGAGGUUCUCCCUCCUCCCCCUCCUUCUCCCCCUGAUGAUACCAAAAACUGCAAUGACGAAGAUGACGAGGCCGAUGGGCAUACGAUGCCGCUAUCCAUCUGUCUUUCAAUAGCCGAGAGCCAAGCCCUGAACAACUACGGCAGCGGCGAGGAUGAGAACGACGCCGACGACGACGAGCAAGAGCCUGAGGAGUUUGAGGCCGCGCCCGCCGACGUGGAGACGUCCCUGCAGGCCGCGCCCGCCGACGUGGAGACGUCCCUGCAGGCCGCGCCAGAGGGCUCGCCUGAGCCAGAGGUGGCUUUCCAACAUUUUGUCGACACCAUAUCAGGCUGUGAAACCAAAGAAACUGACUUGAAACCAGCCAACGCCAACGAGUGCAGCGAGCUGGCAGAUUUCGCUUCGACUGAAGAAGAACCCGCUGAGGCGGUAAGUCACAACUGCGAUGAAGAGGAGGAUGCAGUCGGCGCCGCCGCUGCAGCCGGGGAAAGCAUCAGAAGCUCUCAAGUCCACACGGCCCUGAAAGACUCAAACGCCACCGGCACCCCCGACACCGAAUCCCCCGUCAUGAUCAAUGUCGACGAAACCGUCUCCGGCAACAGCAGCCAGAGGACGUCGGACGAGGACGACUUUGUGCGGGUGGACGAGCUUCCUUUGCAGCUGCCCGUCACCAGCCAGGAGGAGCUGCAGAGGAGGAUCGUGGACGAGCAGCGGACAAACGACCUACGCAUGGAAAUCAUUGCCGAUGCGGAACCGGUGCUGGUGGGGAAUGAUGACCCACCUGAAGGAACCAGGAUCUUUUGAAUAAGUCGUGAUGUCCCCCAUCUUCCGCUGCACUCAUGUAGGUUUCGCACCAUCUUCAAUUCAUUAAUUUUAAUGAUACUUUAACAAAUACUGUAGUUCUAUAAGCUGUACUGCACACACAUGAGUUGGUCAUUUUGAUUUUAGUGAAUCAAUGAAGUUUGUGUGUCGGGUGUGGGGAGGGUUGGGUUACAAGUCAACACUGCUGACAAGUUCAAAUGCCUAAUUGGCUUUCUGUUUGUGUUGUUCUGUAAAUGGACUUUCCAUGUCAGGACUGUUACGUUUUAAAUAAAAUGUUGGGUGUUUUAA